UGCUCGCCGGCGGGCCCGGCGCGCAGGCGCAUGGGGAGAGGCCGCGUGGGGGAAGGCGGUGCUUGGCCAGUGGGGCUCGCGGCGGGAUAUCCGGGGCAGCGAGAGCGGAUUUGCUGUCUGGGGAUCCCAUGGCUGUCUUUAGGGGGCUCUGGGGCCCUUUCAUCUACGCAAGCAGAGCCUUCGGCCCACGCUGUUUCAGCACCACUGGGAGCCUCGGUGCGAUUCAGAAGAUGACGCGGGUGCGAGUGGUGGACAACAGCGCCCUGGGGAACACCCCAUACCAUCGCCCUCCUCGGUGCAUCCACGUCUAUAACAAGAAUGGGGUGGGCAAGGUGGGUGACCAGAUUCUGCUGGCCAUCAGGGGACAGAAGAAAAAGGCGCUCAUUGUGGGACAUCGCAUGCCUGGCCCCCGAAUGACCCCCAGGUUCGACUCUAACAACGUGGUCCUCAUUGAGGACAACGGGAAUCCUGUGGGGACCCGAAUUAAAGUACCCAUCCCCAGCAGCCUGCGCCAGAAGGAAGGCGAAUAUUCCAAGGUGCUGGCCAUCGCUCAGAACUUUGUGUGAGCAGAGCCCAGGCCGCCAGCUUCCGGGCCUCGUGGGCAGAGCAGUUCCAAGAACUCCACCUGGGCUGAGCGGAGCCGGGCUGCCACGGGGCUUCUGCGCUGGGUCACGGUGUCCCAUGAGAGAAUAAACACUGUCAUGUGUGUUUCCUCUGUGCUUUCUGAGAUGUGGUUGUGAGGUACAUCACACUGAAGCAGCUGGAAGGUGGCCAACCUUCCUGCACGGAGCAGCCUGGGUGCAGGGCCCUGGGCCCCUGCCUUUCUGGUUUGGAUCCUGUAAUAUGAGUUCAUCCAGGAUUGUUAGGCUUUGGGAAACAGGUAUGAAUCAAACGUCAAUGUAUAAAUGUGCCAUGGAAUCUGUCACUUUCUAACCAAAAGGGUUUUGUUCUGUUUUCCAUCCACAGUAUCCUCUUCCUGUUUUAGAGGACUUGAGGCGUCGAUGCUCAUAAAGAUUACUAGGUUCUGGAAUAGAGCAGUGGAGCCAGAUGCUGGCCUUUCUUCACUCUGGAGUAUUUCUCAGAACACUCCUUUAUGCCCAGUGGUGUAGACUUGUGGAGAAAUGGACCUGUCUUCUGUUUUGAGAUGACGUGAUCUUGGGCCUUUGCAGAAGCUGCCCCUGACAGGCCAACCUCCUGGAUUAAUGGACUUCACCGCAGUGUCUUUGCUGAAGUGUCUGCCUCCACCCCUGGCGUGUCUCCUGCUGGACCGCUUCAGGAGAAAUGUGGUAGAAAGAGCUCCAGAGUGACAGCUGUGGUUGGGAGACCUGGGUUCCAGUGGGGACCCUGCCGAGAUCUAGCUGUGUGACUGUGGGCAAGGCACAGCCUCAGGAGGAAGUAGGAGCUCACUGCUUGAUGGCUUGGUGCUCAGGAGUCCUGAGGGGACCACCGUGACGCUGACUACAGCCUCACCCUAGCCACCUUGAAGGGCAUGCCCUUGGCUGCAGAUGGGGGCCUGGCCAAAGUGUCCCACCACCGUCAACACUCCUGAAACCAACCACCCGCGCAGGGGGUGUCAGGCUGGCCCUGAGAACCAGGAAGCUCCUUCCUGGAAUCCCCACCCUAGCUUGCAACCAGGAGGGCAGCUGGCACCUUGCUCCCACGGCAGGGUGAGGGGCCAGCAGCAGGCUCCCCGCCCGAAUCGACUUCCGUUCUCCGUCCUCUCCCUGCUCCUCUCUGCCUCUUCUCUUUCUCUCGUGGUCCUUCUCAGAAGAACUUUUGUUUUUGAUGAAAAUUGCGCGAUACUGAAAUCAAAUGCUUAACUGAAAUGCGACUCUCCCUCGGCUGCAUUCCUUUCCUUCUAAUUUUGUAAUUCAAUCUUAAAAAAAAAAAAAAAAACUGGGGGAUUUUUUUUUUUAUUCUUUCCCACCUGGAGGGUGGUUACGGACAGUUCCGUUCUCAGCAUUUUAGACACUUUCUUGCUAACUGUUUUGCUAAACAUUAAUAAUUUUCCAAAUUAUUUGGGCUUCCUGGACAGAAAGCAGUGAUACAUUUGCUUCUCAACUUUCAGCCUGAAGCCAGUGGUUCCCAGAUGUGCCAACAAUGAUAACCCCUUGUCAUUGACUUGAUAGUUUGACAGGGUUUGACAGGCUGUCUCCUAAGAUGUACCAUAGACAUUAAAAAAAAAAAAAAAAAAAAAAAAACUUAUUUUGAUAAUUUCAUAAGCAC